GCAGUAUGAUUCGACAAGAUGAAGUCGUUCACGGCGAUCGCAUUCCUAACGGUGGCUCUGCUGGCCGCUCUCGGCCAGGCUAAGCACCUGGACUCCAAGGUGGCGGACAAGGACUUUCUGGUGAAGCAGCAGUUCGUGUUCCAGAUCAUGCAGCACAUCUACCAGGACGACGUCUUUGUCAGCCCCUUUGCGGCCAGCUUUGUGGAGUACAAGCCGUGGGAGCACGUCACCGACUAUGUGCACCCAGAGAUGCUGGAGUUCUUCUUCGAGCUGUGGCAGCACGAACCCUUCACCGACGACAUGGCCUGGUCGGUGAUGUACGAGAAGCACGAGGAGUACGCGGUGGGUCUGGUGCGGCUCUUCUACUUCGCCAAGAACUGGGAGACCUUCCAGCAUGCCGUCUUCUGGGCUCGCCAGCACGUGAACAAGCAGCUGUUCGUGUACGCCUUCACCAUCGCCAGCCUGUUCCGCGACGACAUGCAGGGCGUGGUCCUGCCGGCCCACUACGAGAUCCAUCCGUGGAGCUACUUCGACAGCCAGGCCCUGGAGUGGGCCGAGCACUACAAGAUGCACGGCUUCCAUCACGUCAAGCAGAUGGACAACAUCUACAACGUGGUGAUCAAGACCAACUACUCGAACGCCCACGGUGCCCUCAACUACGACCACGAUCUGGCCUACUACCUGGAGGAUGUCGGCUUCAACGCCUUCUACUACUACUUCAACCUGGACUAUCCGUUCUGGACGAAGGGCGGCGAGGAGCAUGUCCUCAACAAGGACCGUCGCGGCGAGCUUUACCUGUACGUCCACUGGCAACUGCUGGCCCGCUGGUACAUGGAGCGUCUGUCCCAUGAUCUCGGCGAGGUGCCCGCCUUCAACAUGUACGUGCCGGCCGAGUCCGGUUAUGCCAGCAAUCUGCGCACCUACUAUGGAGUGCCCCAGUGGCACCGUGAGAACCACCACAACUUCUAUCACGGCGACAACUACGAGCACAUCGAGCACGUGGAGAUGUACACACAGCGCGUGAUGGACUGGAUCCACAAGAACGACAAGUUCGACAUGGAGACCAUCAAUGUGCUGGGCAACAUCAUCCAGGGCAAUGCGGACAGCGUGGACAAGAAGUUCUAUGGCAGUCUGGACAAGCUCUACCGGUACAUCGUCAACGAGGGCCACCACUACGGCAGCGGACACGAGAGCUUCCCGGGCCUGUUCAUGCACUACGACACCUCGCUGCGCGAUCCCAUCUUCUACGAGGUGUACAAGACACUGGUCAGCCACUACUGGCACCUGAUGGAGACCUAUCCGGAGUACAAGAAGAAGGACUACACCUUCGAGGGCGUCAAGAUCGACGGCGUGCACAUGCCCGAGAGCCUGACCACCUACUUCGAGUACUUCGACUCGGACAUCAGCAAUGCCGUCAAUGUGGAGACCUCAGUGGAGGGUGCCACCGAUCCGCUGUACCUCUUCGGCCGCAACUCGCACUACAAGGGCGCCAGCUAUGUGAUCAAGGCACGCCAGCAGCGCCUCAACCACAAGCCCUUCGAGUUCACUUUGGACGUGAGCGCCGACAAGGCCCAGGAUGCCGUGGUGAAGGUCUUCAUUGGACCCAAGUACGAUGAGCACGGACAUGCCAUCCCGCUGGAGUACAACUACCAGAACUUCUUUGAGCUGGAACACUUCAAGGUGCAUCUGGAGGCCGGCGUUAAUCACAUCAAGCGCGCCAGCGGUGACUUCUCCUUCUGGGUGAACGACCGCACCACCUACCUGGAGCUCUACCAGAAGUUGAUGGACGCCACCAACAGCGAGUACAAGUUCAAGCUGGACCAGUCGGAGGCCCACUGCGGCGUGCCCAACAGGAUGAUGCUGCCGCGCGGCAAGAAGGGCGGCCAGAUGUUCCAGUUCUUCUACAUGGUCUUCCCCUACCACCAGCCCGAGGUGGCCCAGUUCACCGGCUACGACCCGGUGGUCAGCUGCGGCGUGGGACACGGUUCCCGCUACGUGGACGCCCUGCCCUUCGGCUUCCCCUUCAACCGACCGGUGAAGCACGACUACUACUUCGAUGUGCACAACUUCAAGUUCGUGGACGUCAAGAUCUUCCACCGCGACGAGCACACCAACGUUGUCUAGAUCGAAGAUCCAAGAUCCCAGAUCUUAGAUCCAUCGCAAACGAAUCGAAUACGAAUAGGAAUACGAAUACGAUCAUCAACGAACUAACGAUUAUUAUAUGUUAUAUCUUUGUCUACAUCCACUUCCCCCCAUAGAAGCCGUAAUUUAAUUCAGUUUUCCCUUAACUUGUCAGUACACCUUGUGACCAUUCAGAAAUAAACGUAUCCAAACAACAA